AUGGAACGCCUCCCUCAAAGAGCUGGGCCUGGGUGCCUUUGGGUCUUCCACACAAACACAAACGAGCAAACUCAGGAGAACUUAGGGGGCAGCAAGAGGAGGGCUAGACCCGGAAGUGAGUGCGUCAGAGGAAGUGAGUGGCUUUCGGAGCAGCGGACCAUUUCCGGAAGUGGGCGAGAGCGUGGUGCGCAUGCGCCACUUCGCCCGGCCUUCGAGGGGGCGUGGCUUCAGGAGCAGCGGCCAUUUCCGGAAGUGGGCGUGAGCGCGGUGCGCAUGCGCCACUUCGCCCGGCCUCCGAGGGGGCGUAGCUUCAGGAGCAGCGGCCAUUUCCGGAAGAGCAGCGGACAUUUCCAGAGGUGGCGGGAGCGUGGUGCGCAUGCGCCUCUUCGCCCGGCCUUCGAGGGGGCGUGGCUUCAGGAGCAGCGGACAUUUCCAGAGGUGGCGGGAGCGUGGUGCGCAUGCGCCACUUCGCCCGGCCUUCGAGGGGGCGGAGCUUCAGGAGCAGCGGCCAUUUCCGGAAGUGGGCGUGAGCGCGGUGCGCAUGCGCCACUUCUCCCGGCCGCCCCGAUGAGCUCGACAGGCGGAGCGGGAAGCGGGGAGGGCGAGGCCGGGCCCGGGGCUCCCUCCGCCGCCGCGCCUCCCCCCUCCGGCGCCGCCUCGGCAGCCCCUCCCUCCGCGGAGGCCCCCUCCAAGGCCGGCAGCAGCCCCGGCGCGGGGACAGGCCUUGCGGCCUCCACUUCCGCUUCCGCUUCCUCCUCAGCGCCUCCUCCCCCUCCUCUUCCCCCCACCGCGGCCGCCUCCCUCCCCACGGCCGUCCUGCUCCUGCCCCCGGCUCCUGUCCCUGCGGAAGGCCCUCCUUCCUCCUCCUCCUCGAGCUCUUCCUCGUCCAGCUCCUCCUCCAGUUCCUCGUCGUCUUCCUCGUCGGCGCCCAACGGGGCUCUCUUCGCGCUGCCGGCCAACGGGGAGGCCAAGCCCGGCGGCGCAUGCGCAUUCGCCUCCUCCGCCGCCGCCGCCGCCUCCCCCGCCUCGGCCUCCUCCGCCCCGCCUCCCCCCGCCAACGCCAGCGCCGCUUCCGCUUCCGCCGCCUCCCCCUCCGCCGCUGCCCCCUCCGCCGCCCCCCUCGUCGACUUCCUGCUCCAGCUCGAGGACUACACGCCCACCAUCCCGGAUGCCGUCACGGGAUACUACCUGAACCGGGCUGGCUUCGAGGCCUCCGACCCUCGCAUCAUCCGCCUGAUCUCCUUGGCCGCGCAGAAGUUCAUCUCGGACGUGGCCAACGACGCCCUGCAGCACUGCAAGAUGAAGGGCACGGCCUCCGGAAGCUCCCGCAGCAAGGGCAAGGACAAGAAGCACACGCUGACCAUGGAGGACCUGGGGCCUGCGCUGGCCGAGUACGGCAUCAACGUCAAGAAGCCCCACUACUUCACUUAGGGGGCCGGGCCCCACUCUUCCUCCUCCUCCUCCUCCU